CUGAUGGGGUAUCUGUGGAAAAUAUGCCGCCAAUGUUGAAACCAAGGCACGCUUUCUGUGCUGCGAUGGUCGAAGGUACAAUAAUAGCGUUAGGAGGCUGGAACGAACGAACUGUCGAGAAAUAUGAUUUCAGGAACAAACAGUGGAGUCUGCUGAAGGAUUUCCCGAAACAGAGGGACUGCAUACAGGGUGAAGUGUGUGAAGGUGUACUGUACGUGUUUGGAGGGGUCAAGAAGAACAAGAACGUGUCAACUAUAGAGAAGUACGAUUAUGAGAGAGACAGCUGGCGAACUGUGGGUCAGUUCAUGGUACCCAGAUUAUACAGUGCUGUUGUGGUGACGUAGCAUAAACAAACUUAUAACUGUGACAAUGAUGUUAACAAGAUGUUAAUAAAAGAUGACAAGAUGACAGAUGUUAACAAGAUUGCACCAGUCCUCGAACCUGAGUUUUUCAAACAUUUGGAUUUUAAAAAUACCCUGAAAUCUGACAACUGUGGCCGAGAAUCCUGCUCAAGAACUACGUUUUUCAAUCAAUUGGUCAAUGUAAAAACACUAACUUUAGCUCAAUAAGCGAGUACUGGAGUACGUUACCUGGGGACCCCAGGCUAUUAUAUUUAUGUUCAUAAUCAUAAUCCGAAUAGAGAUUAGGCGAAAUGACAGGCGCAGGCUAAGCGUCGCCCAGUAACGGAGUACGGUUAACCGACA